AGAUCCUUCACAUACCGCCAGGCAGUGCCACACUCUUUUUUCUAGUAUUCGAUGCCGAAAGCCAAAGCUGACGCUUGAUAGAUCUUCAAAUCAUGCAAUCGUUCUACGCUCCACCGCCAUCGCGCGGCUCGGAAUUUGCGUCCUGGCUUAACAGUGGCGCUGGGCGGUUUCUUCUUUUUUUGACAACGAUCGGCUCAUUCAUACUCGCCUGUGUCGGGUUGAGCUUCUACGCCUCUCCAGGUGAAAAAAGCGGUGGCGAAAACGUCAGUCCACGAAGUCAAGAUGAACAGUUUCUGAUUCUAUUGGCGACGGUCUUGAACAUCUCCGCAUUUUACUCGCUACCUGUUUAUGCAAGGACAAGGUCGUAGCCGUAGUGAGUCGUGAUCAUCAUGCACUGUUUUUUUAAAUGAUGAACAGGAUAGUUUUAGUUCGUAGUGCUGGUGUACUUCUUGUAAUUAUAUAAAAUAUAAUUCUUGGACUCUCUUGUCUGUGUCUUCUAUUCUAACCCCCAUUCGCGGAACGAUGCGGAGUCGGUGUCUUCGAUGCCAACUGGAAGCCCUAUGUGCACAUCUAUCGCAUCGCGUUCUUCUUCAGUAUUCCUGCAUUGAUUUGCAUCAGUUCUGGAUUCGGCAGUGACAUCCAAAACGCUUCCAGAAUUCCAGGAAUUAAGGCUUAGCCCUAGGCUUGAUCAUGUUCACGUACUCUUAAGAUGAAAGAACAUUUAGGCUAAAUGUUCUUUCAUCUUAAGAGUACGUAGUAGAGUAGUCUGUGGAUAUGAAUUAGUACAAAUAGGCUCUCUUUUCACUAAUCUACGUGUUGUACCUGUUGCAUCUAUUAGUAAUUGCUGUGGUUUAGUUGAGUAGUCUCUCUCGUCACGCUCAACACCCCAUACAUCUUAAGAAGCAGCAUCUUUGGCCGCCCUUCGUUUGUUCAACAUCUUCAAGGGAGAUGAAAGACGCUUCCAAAGAUCGCUCCUUUCAAGAGGAAUUUACGCAAGCUCUAACGAAGGCAAUUUCCAACAACUUUUAACGGCAAGCAAAGGCGAUUUGAAUUUGGUUAUUGGCGACUACUUCAUCGUGAGCGACAUGUUUGUGGGGUUGAAUCUGACGAAAGCAGUUAUCAAAACGUUGACCGUACCAAACGCGCGAGGGUCUACGCGUGAGCAAGAACGGAGAGGCGAAGUCUUCCAAAUGCCGACACUGUAUUCAAAAAAACGCGAAAAACCUGAUUUUGAAGAUAUUUCUUUUCACCUCAUGAAAGAAGGUGGAGCUUUCCAAAGCAUGUAGAUGUACAGUUCUUGUAACAGUAAAAGUUAUAUGAUCUGAUAAUGUCUUAAAAAUGCAGCUACUUUCUUCCACCAAAAACGCAGCUACUUUCCAUCUCAUAACUGUUGGUAAAGGAGACCCUUCUUCUACCGGUACACACAGGGAAACAUCCACCCUUUGCCUUUAUCAUGAUGCCUCAUCAAGCUCCUUUCAUUCUUCUACAGGUACAGCGAGACGGAGUAUUUCGAUACCAAAGAUGCGCUAGCUGGUCCGCCACCUCCUAUGCCCAGGGACGUGCUGGAGCACUAUGCAUUUGCGCCCAUCUUCGAAACCUGGCGGACUUGCGUUACAAGAUAUUUAAGGCUUAGGUAUUUGGAUUUGGAAUUUGGUAACCUGAUUUUGAUCAUAAAAGAAAACAAGAAGAGAAUCCUUGUUGUAAUCAAAUUCAGGCUACCAAAUAGCGGAACCAUUCAGCCCAUCACUGUCCAUCGUGGUCACCUUAGAGUAAACCCAUCAAGAAGAACCUAUCUUCUCCUUCUGGCUUCCCGUCAUGAUUUUUAUCUUGGCUCCGUUUUCGAGGGAGGUGGACGAAAACUACGAGCAACGACGUGUAGCUGUAGCCACCUCCUCAAGAACCUAGUCUAACAUGUGCCGUGAGCAGUAUUUGCAUGCGAGAGAACAAGUUGAUCGGCUUUGUAAUGAAGAACUCGGACAAUUUGUGUCGCCGUGCUGGCGCACUGGGAUGCUCGAUUGAACCAAAACCAAAGCUGAAUCCUUCGUACAGAUGCACCGAUCCUGUUAAUGCAGUCCGCGGCCUGGAGACGCGCCUGCCGAUCACAGGACUUUGUGGACGUGUAGUCUUGCCGCCACCGCAGAUCUUGCUAGACGAGAUCGUGAAGCGACACAUAGACUUAUGGCUAUACUACUUUAUCACGUCUUCUUUCCUAGUUCGUGUUAGCAUAAACUAUGCUCCGCCUGAGUGAAGGGCUCGUUCAAGUUCAUCCCCUGCUUGAAGAUUUAUAAAGGUCUUUCUGCCUCUAAUCUUCGAUGGCUGGAUGCUAGGAGAAAGUAUGGCAUGCCACUGCUCAAAAGAUGGCGAGGGAUCCAAAAUCGCGUGUCCAGAUCCAAGUGCUAUGAUGCCACUUUUUAGAUUGAGUAAUUGUUUCGACCAGUCUGCUGCGUUCUUGUGAACACAAACAGGAUGCAUGUUGGUGGACAUCACCAACGAUAGGAAUGACACAAAUUUCCCCUCUUUCCAUGCGACUGGUACUAGACCCUAUACCUCAAGAAUAGGACAUCAAUCAAUCAAGCACGACGGCUGACACUUUUCUAAUGGAAACACUUGCAAGAAGAUUGCGCCUCUUUUCUUUGUUAACGCUGAUUACGAUGACCGCAUCGCCAAGACAGGAGACCUGGAGAGCGGAUGGCUCUUGUACCAGAUAGCUGGAGGAGUUUUUGCUUUUCUGACUCUCUUUUGUGUCAUACUGACAAUGCUGGCUGACUGCUAUGUCGAUCGAUAUCUGCGCGCGGCGGCCAAGUACGCAACAUAGCCUGAGCGGCGACAACUUGUUCGAUUCUUGCGCCUUCUCUAUCACCAUGUUGAUGAACAUGAAGAUGAAGUGCUGAGCGGCAAGAACAAUUACGAGCUUCUUGAAGUUGCGGCAAGAUGCAAGAAAAACAUGAAGUGAGCGGCAAGAGCCGUUCUUGAACUUGUUUGAUUGGAGCAAGCCACUUAGGUAUUAUAUCCUCUUCUGUCCUCUGGUCUUCUUCUACCAUCUGGCAGAGCUUGUGACGCGGCUAUGAGCUUUAUUGCUGGAACCACAAGUAUUCCAGGGCGGGUGACAAUGUGGUGACAACAGAAGAUCAAGCGCGCGGCCUUCUUCUAGUUGAACAGCGCCGACUACAGUAACACUAACAGUUGUAGAUGAUCACAUCUUCCUGACGGCUUUUUAGAUCAAGAAGAACAAGCACCACAAGAUUAGGCACCGGCAAGAAAGAAAAAGGUCGUGAUCUUUUGCGCCGAUAAAAGGGCAGCUGCGACAAUGGAUAUAUAAUUCACGCCAAACUUCACAACUUCAUCACGUCCACGGCGGAUGCUUUUCGGAGGCCGUUCAACUGCGGCAAGCACGCACGUGUCUUUACUUUCUAAGUAUUUUUAUGCGAGUAGGAGUUGUCGUACUCGUAGGUGAUUAGUAUCUAUUUAUUACCUCGAGGCUCUUCAUCAACAGACCACUAAUAUACAAACAAUACGACGAGCGCCAUGAUGUUCUAGUGUAUCGCUGCUCGUGAUACUGUGUGUGUUUUCAAGCAGAUCAUG